UGAAAAUUGUGUACCUAGGUAGGUAGCCGACCAUCGGCCGUAGCAAAGGAAGGAAGGCCAUUCCAAUGAAAGGAAAUAAGACCUGCAGCUUCGUAGAGGUUGCGACUACCUAUCCUUUAUAUAUUUUGCCCCUCUUCUAUUGAAACCAAUCGUGGGUCGUUGUUAUGCCCUGCGCCCCUUACGUCCCUCCCCCGCUAUUUACUACUAGUGUAACCUUUGUCGGUCUCUUUAAAAGAGUCAUAUCGAUUCUUUUUACGACUUCCUAUAUUCCUUCGAGGAAUCUCAGAUUAUUUCCUCAUCUAAAUUUGAAUUGAACUUCGAAUUUAAGACCAUACAUACACUGGUAAAGCCCGAGUAUAAUCAUGGAUGCGAUCAUCGAUCUCAAAGACGCCUCUAAGGCGCUUGAUCUGUCUAACAUCCGUUACCAGUUGAUUCGAUUGGAGGAUACAAUCACCUUCCACCUAAUCGAGCGCGUCCAAUUCCCCCUCAACAAGAGCAUCUACACACCCGGCGCUUUACAAAUUGGUCCAGACAGCGAGCUCAGUUUCAUGGACUGGUACCUACGAGAACAAGAAAAACUCCAGUCCCUAAUCCGCCGCUACGAAGCGCCCGACGAGUACCCAUUCUUCCCCGAGGCACUACAAAAACCCAUACUCAAACCCCUCGAAUACCCCCGCAUCCUCCACCCAAACGCCGUCAACGUCAACGAGAAGAUCAAGCACUUCUACAUCGAGAAGUUCCUCCCAGCCGUGUGUCCAGAUUUUGGACGCGGAGACCGCGGCGAGUCAGCGGAAAACUAUGGAUCCUCUGCGACUUGCGAUAUUGCCUGUCUCCAGGCUAUUUCCCGAAGAAUACACUUUGGCAAGUUUGUCGCGGAGUCCAAGUUCCAGUCGGAUCCCGAGGGGUACACUAGGAUGAUUAAGGCGGGCGAUCGCGAUGGAAUUGGCGAGUCUAUCACAAAUGCUGCGGUGGAGAAGCAAGUACUAGCACGAUUAGGUCUAAAGGCGCGAACCUACGGCACAGACCCUUCUACGAAUGGUUCGGCGGACGAUGGCAAGAUUAACGUCGAGGCGGUGGUUUCUAUGUACAGAGACUUCGUCAUACCAAUCACGAAGGAAGUCGAGGUCGAAUACCUUAUGCAACGACUAGAGUAGAUGGGUCAUGGUCAUGGGGCUUAGAAAAAUGGCACACACAAAACGGUGGGG